AUGGGUAACAAUACCUUCAGGUUUGAUUAUAUUGAAGCAGCUGAUAUAUAUGACCCUUCUUCCCUAAAAUGCAGUGCAUCAUCUCCCUCAUCUGCAUCAGGAUAUACUUCCCACCGCACCCUUUCAUCGACAGCUUUUGAGUCAACUUUUCCCAAUGGCUCCCCUUCUUCCUCAGUAGAAGAGCCAGGAAUUACUAUGGACUUGGAACAACCUCAAUCAGAUUUUGGGAUUACGUACUACCGCAACCUAUUGCAAGGUAGAGGAAUCUUGUAUGCUGAUCAGCAACUAUUGGAAGGCGAAGUAACUCGUUAUUGGAUCAAGGAAUAUGCUCUAGAUUCUACUUUGUUCCAUAAACAUUUCGCCCUUGCAAUGAUGAAACUCUCAGAUCUCCAUAUAUUGACACCGCCUAUGGGUAACAUUCGGCUCAAUUGUUCAAAGGUUGCAUGA